AUGGGUCUCGAUCAUACCAUCGUCCAGCCUGAAGCUGGAAAGGAUGAACGCACAAAACCUGAUAAAGCAAAGGCGUUGCAUUUUUUGCAACAUCAUCUCCACCCAGACCUGAAAUCUGAGUACAUGACGGAGAGGGAUCCACUGGUAUUAUGGCAGUCCCUGAAGGGCCGUUUCAGCCAACAGCGGUCAAUUGUGCUCCCAAGAGCACAACAGGACUGGAUCAACCUACGCUUCCAAGACUUUAAGUCUGUGGCAGCGUACAACUCUGCUUUACACAGGAUUGUGACUAAAAUGCGUCUAUGUGGCCUGAAGAUCACAGAUGUUGAUAUGAUCGAGAAGACUCUAUCCACCUUCCACCCUGGCAACAUAGUACUGCAACAGCAAUACAUGAACUCAAAGUACACUAAGUACUCUGAGUUGAGUGAAGUAUUGUCUGUUGCCGAACAACAGAAUGAGGUUCUUAUGAACAAUCAUUCUGUCCGGCCCACCGGCUUCAUGGCUAUGCCUGAAGCAUACGCCAACGUUGCUGAGAGUUCUCGCAACCAUAAAAGAGCCUGUGGAAAGGGAAAGUGGAAGGGGAAAAGAGAUGCCAUGUUUAAAGGCAAAGGAAAGGGAAAGCCCAUAGGUAGAGUCGAACCCAAGAAGGAAAGAGGUGAUCAUAGUGGGGAAGAGCAAGGUGAAUGCUACAGAUGCGGGACAAAGGGACAUUGGUCCCGUAAGUGCCGCACCCCCAGACACCUGGUUGACCUUUACCAGCAGAGCAAGAAAAGGAAAGGUCAACAUGUGUCCCACUUCACCGCUGAGCCAGAAGCUCAGAAGCGUGACGAUAUGAAUGUCGACACGAACGGUGAAGAUGUCCAAAUGGAUGAAAAUGAGGACAGUCUUCUUGAUGACUUUGAUAUAUUUUGGGACCUGCAGGGAUCUCCAAAAUACCAUGUUAAAAAUGAUGUCCACAUGUAUUAG